CGUUCAUUGAGUCGUGCGUCACGUGACUUCCGGAGGUGGUGACUUCCGUACCAUGUGACCUCCAAUAACAACCCAUGGCGGCGCACUGCUCCACAGCGCUGUUCACAAGAUCAGGAUUGGGCAGUUUCCUGCAGAGAGUUUGUUGCGGUCUUCCCUCAGCCCCACUGUGUCUGCAACACCGCCGCUUCUUCUGGAGGAAGUGGAAAAACUCUCACAAUGUAGUUCGCCCAGCUACUGUCAGGCCUGCAUAUGCAGUGCCCAAGCACAUCGUGCGACCUGACUAUGUCGGAACUGGACUGAUCCCGGAGUGGCCGGAUUACAUAGAGAUCAAAGACCAAGAGCAAAUCAGUGGCCUGGCCCGAGCGUGUCAGCUCGCCAGACAUGUACUGUUACUCGCUGCAGGCAGUUUGAAGGUUGGCAUGACAACAGAUGAAAUAGACUUCAUCGUGCACCAGGAGACAAUCAAACACAACGCCUACCCAUCCCCUCUCAGAUACGGCGGUUUCCCCAAGUCUGUCUGUACGUCUGUGAACAACGUGGUCUGUCAUGGGAUACCUGACAGCCGGCAACUUCUAGAUGGAGAUAUCAUCAACAUUGAUGUGACGGUGUAUUGUGAUGGUUACCAUGGUGACACGUCAGAAACCUUCUUAAUUGGCCAGGUGGAUGAGGCUGGGCAGCGGUUGGUGGAAACUGCCAGGCUUUGCCGAGACGAGGCCAUCGCUGCCUGCAAGCCGGGUGCACAGCUCUGUGUUAUAGGAAACACUAUUAGUGAAAUAGCUCGCACCAACGGCUUCCAAGUGUGUCCUUACUUCAUUGGACAUGGAAUAGGCUCCUACUUUCACUGUCAUCCUGAAAUCUGGCACCACGCUAAUGACAAUGACAUGACCCUGGAUGAAGGGAUGGCUUUCACGAUAGAGCCCAUACUGAUGGAGGGGUCUUCAGAGUUCAGAAUCCUGAAGGACAAGUGGACUGCAGUGUCUGCAGAUGAUAAAAGGUCGGCUCAGUUCGAACACACGGUGGUCAUCACAUCUGACGGGGUGGAUAUUCUCACCAAACUGCCGGAAGAAAGCAACCUAUGACCUAAAGGAAUCAAACUGCUGACCUUGAGAUUGGCUGCUAGAAACAUUUGGUAGAAUCACAGUUACAAGAACCUGAACGGUGCUUCACCUGGACAUAUUUAAAACCACUCCCACACCUUCUCUAUGGUGUUUAAGUUAAAAUUAAGUUAUUAUUAACUGGGGAUUACAUACAGUAUCACAGUACACACAGUAUUUAUGUAUUCAUUUAGACUAACAUGUAAAACUUCAAUCUUGAUUGGAGCACAAACAGAAAUCAAUUGUCUGUUGCUACAUUCAAUGACUCAAGUUGACAUUUCUGCAUGUCUGAGUGUUUACAUGUUCAGUAUAAGAGAUCCCCAUCCUCUCUUUUGUUGGCCCUUCAGGACUUGGUCGAGGUCUUUCUGUUUUAGACCAGCACUGGGAUGUGUUCAAUCCUUUGUGACAGUUCAGUAGAUCCCAUGAUAGUUUAAUGUGACCUUUGACAAUCAAGGAGCACUUGUACUGUAACUGUUAAAGGGUUAAAUUCACAUCAGCAGGGUCUUGCCCAGGAAACAUGGAGGCCAUGAGUAUUUAGCUUGCUAUCAAGAAAAACUAUAGAAAUAACACUGGUUUUAAAAUAAAAUCACUAAAAUAAGA